CUGUCAGAAGGCUGUUUUUAUCAAUUUCAAUAUUAGGUUAUGCACUUUACAAUAUAAAUUUAGUAUUGAUGAAGAAAUAAAGAUUUAAUUGCGAUGGCUGCCCAAAAAAUCGCAGUGGCAAUUGUUAUUUUAACAGUGUACUUGGCCGAUUCCAGUUUAGCAGACUUUUCCACAGAAGACUGUGCAUCCCUUGGUUUCAUAAAAGCAAAUCUUUUAUGUUCAUCGUGCGACCAACUAAAGGACUUCAGCUUAGAUCAGUUAGUCGAACAUUGUAAACAAUGCUGUCAUAACGAUGAUUCAACACCGAAUGAAAAGAAAUAUGCACGCGCUAUUCUAGAGGUUUGCACUUGCAAAUUCCCAGCUUAUCCACAAAUUCAAGCAUUCGUUAAAAGUGACAGACCUGCUAAAUUUCCGAAUCUGCAAAUUAAAUACCUACGUGGCUUAGAUCCAAUAAUUAAGCUUCUUGACAAAGAUGGUAUAGUCAGAGACACAGUGGCAAUUGAAAAAUGGAAUACAGAUUCAGUUGAAGAAUUUUUAAACACACAUCUUGUAAAAGAAGAGGAAGAAGAUCGUGGAUUUUUGAAAACUAAUCUUAUAUAAUAAGUAAUUUCCAUAAAAUAAAUUAUUUUGAUAAUUA